AUGUCUGAUCAACCAAGUUCUCCGUCGAGAAAUGUAAAUCAGAAUGCACCUUCUUCUCCAAAUGGAGCUGAACCCAGUUCGAUGCCACCACAGCCUUCUUCUCCUGCUUUAUUUUAUAACUCAUCUUCUUCUCAAAGGGAUACAUAUGAACGUGAUAGUGCCAAUAGAAACUCGAAUCGUAAUAGGAAUAGUGAUAAUGGUGUAACCGGAUCCUCUCCAUUUAGAUAUCCUUCUUCAUCUUCUCAAAAUAUUGGAUCCCAACGUUCUGAUCAUAGGGGACAAGGUAGAAAUCCAAACCAAACCAGACUAUCUAGCCAGCCUAAUAGACUGUCAGAUUUCAGAAGUGAUAGAUCUGUACCUCACUCUUCUUCCUCCUUGAAUGGUCGUUCUAAUGGUCACCGUUCACAAAUGAGAAGAAAUGAUAUUCAUGCAUCUGAUUUAUCUUCUCCAAGAAGAAUUGUCAAUUUCGAUUCUAGAUCUGGGUUACUAUCUUCCUCUUCUUCCGCUCCUCCAUCAGAGGCUUCUGAACCGUUGAGAAUCAUUUGGGGUACUAACGUCAGUAUUCAAGAAUGUGCUAAUAACUUUAGAAAUUUCUUAAUGUCCUUCAAGUAUAAAUAUAGGAAAACCUUGGAUGAAAGGGAAUCAUCUAUCAAUGAUACCACUGAUGAAGAGUUAUAUUAUAUAAAACAAUUGAACGAAUUGAGAGAAUUGGGUAUAUCAAAUCUAAACUUGGAUUCAAGAAAUUUGUUGGCAUUUAAACAAACUGAAGAAUUAUAUUAUCAAUUGUUGAACUAUCCGCAAGAAGUUAUUUCCAUCAUGGAUCAAACAAUUAAAGAUUGCAUGGUCUCACUAGUUGUUGACAACGAUUUGGACUUCGAUUUAGAUGAAAUUGAAACAAAGUUUUACAAGGUUAGACCCUUUAAUGUUGGUACUAAGAAAGGUAUGCGUGAACUAAAUCCGAACGAUAUUGAUAAACUUAUUAGCAUAAAGGGUUUAGUAUUAAGAUCCACACCCGUUAUUCCAGACAUGAAGGUUGCAUUUUUCAAAUGUAACGUCUGUGAUCAUACGAUGGCAGUUGAAAUCGAUAGAGGUGUUAUUCAGGAGCCUGCAAGAUGUGAACGUAUUGAUUGUAAUGAGGCAAAUUCUUUAUCUUUGAUCCACAACAGGUGUUCUUUUGCUGAUAAACAAGUUAUUAAGUUGCAGGAAACUCCAGAUCUGGUUCCUGAUGGUCAAACCCCUCACUCUGUUUCACUAUGUGUGUAUGAUGAAUUAGUGGAUUCUUGUCGUGCUGGUGAUAGAAUUGAAGUUACAGGUACCUUUAGAUCUAUCCCAGUGAGAGUCAAUUCAAGACAGCGUGUAUUGAAAUCAUUAUACAAAACCUAUGUAGAUGUGGUUCAUGUAAGAAAAGUUUCUGAUAAAAGAAUGGAUGUUGACACUUCGACUGUUGAACAAGAACUACUACAGAAUAAGUUAGAUAAUAACGAAAUUCAAGAAGUAAGAAGAUUAACUGAUGAAGAUCUGGAAAAAAUAAGAAGUGUAGCAGAAAGAGAAGAUCUAUAUGAACUUUUAGCGAGAUCAAUAGCUCCAAGUAUUUUUGAAUUAGAUGAUGUUAAAAAGGGUAUACUUUUACAACUUUUUGGUGGUACAAAUAAAAAGUUUACCAAAGGUGGUCGUUAUAGAGGGGAUAUAAAUAUUUUGCUAUGUGGUGAUCCUUCAACUUCAAAAUCUCAAGUAUUACAAUAUGUUCAUAAGAUUUCUCCUCGUGGUGUUUACACCUCUGGUAAAGGUUCUUCUGCUGUUGGUUUAACAGCUUAUAUAACAAGAGACGUUGACACGAAACAAUUGGUGCUAGAGAGUGGUGCUUUGGUCUUAUCAGAUGGUGGUGUCUGUUGUAUUGAUGAAUUUGAUAAAAUGAACGAUUCUACAAGAUCGGUUUUGCAUGAAGUUAUGGAACAACAAACAAUCUCGAUUGCAAAGGCUGGUAUCAUUACAACUCUAAAUGCAAGAACAUCAAUCCUUGCAAGUGCUAAUCCUAUCGGCUCCCGUUAUAAUCCAAAUUUGCCUGUAACUCAAAACAUUGAUCUCCCACCACCGUUGCUUUCAAGAUUCGAUUUAGUGUAUUUGGUUUUAGACAAGGUUGACAUGGAUACUGAUAGAGAUUUAGCCUUACAUUUAACGAGAUUGUAUAUGGAAGAUAAGCCAAAACAUGUUACCAAUUCUGAUAUUUUACCUGUUGACUUUUUAACAAUGUACAUCAACUAUUCUAAAGCCAAUAUUCAUCCAGUUAUAACCGAAUCGGCAAAAGUGGAAUUAGUCAAGGAGUAUGUCAAUAUGAGAAAGAUGGGUGAUGACUCUAGAUCUGAUGAGAAGAGAAUCACGGCAACCACCAGACAAUUGGAAAGUAUGAUUCGUUUAUCUGAGGCUCAUGCAAAGAUGAGAUUAUCUGAAAGUGUAAAUGUCGAAGAUGUACAAGAAGCAGUCAGACUAAUAAAAUCAGCUAUCAAAGAUUAUGCAACAGACCCAAAGACAGGUAAAAUUGAUAUGAAUUUAGUCCAAACCGGUAAAUCAGUUAUCCAAAGAAAAUUACAAGAGGACUUGGCUAGAGAAGUGAUUAAGAUAUUAACAGACCAUACAUCUGAUUCUAUGACAUAUAAUACAUUGACCAAAAUAUUAAAUGAGCAGUCUCAAGAUAGGGUUGAUUCUUCUGAUAUCUCAGAAACUUUAGCUAGAUUGCAACAAGAAGAUAAAGUUAUCGUUCUUGGUGAAGGUGUGAGGAGAUCUAUCCGUUUGAACACUCGUGUGUAA